AAAUGCCCAAAUCAAUAGCCAUCGAGUAUAACUAAGAUAAUGGAGCCUUCGUUCAUUAUGAUAUUUUACAGUAUUCUAGCAGUAGCCAGUAUUCCGGUGGGUUUCUUGGUUUGGGGACUGUUGGAUUGGGUGUGGCUUAAGCCCAGGAGGCUGGAGAGGUGCCUUAAGCAGCAGGGCCUGAAGGGUAACCCCUACGGAAUCCUCCAUGGAGACAUGAAAAAAAGUUGCAGAAUGAUAAGUGAUGCCGCAAACUCCCAGCCCAUGAGUCCCUCUGACGAUGACAUUGCUCCUAGACUCCUUCCACAUUUCCUUCAAAUCAUCAACAAAUAUGGCAAAAAUUGCUAUUUAUGGAUGGGUCCAACUCCAAUGGUUUUCAUCAUGCAUCCCGAUUCUAUAAAAGAGGUUUUGAAUAAAAACUAUCUCUAUCAGAAGCCUCACUCCAACCCACUAUUAAAUAAGUUGGUUCAGGGAGUACUUGUUUACGAGAAUGAUCAGUGGAAAAAGCAUAGAAGGUUACUCAAUCCAGUUUUCUAUACUGAGAAGCUAAAGGUUAGUGAGCUACGUACCUCUCUGUAAAACUUAACAACUUAACAACAUAAUUCUCGCACAAUAUAAUCCACUUAAUUGGUAUGUUUGAUAUUUUCAACUUUUUUCAUAUAAUUAUCAUUGCAUCCAUUACAGUUAAUGGAACCAGCAUUCAUGAUAAGUUGUGAUGAUAUGGUGAGUAAAUGGGAAGAGAGAGCCUGACGAGAAGAGGAUUGCGAGGUGGACGUGUGGCCAGACCUUCAAACCAUGACAAGCGAUGUCAUUUCUCGAACAGCAUUCGGGAGCAGCUACGAAGAUGGAAGGAGGAUAUUCGAGCUCCAAACAGAACAAACCAUGCUCGUCAUGGAAGCUUUCAACGAAGUUUAUGUACCUGGAUGGAGGUGAUAUGAGAUUAAAUAGCAAACUCUAUCUACAUUAUGGAUAUCAUGAGAAAAUAAUAUAGUACAGAGUAUGUGUUUCUUCACUUAGUGAACUUGCAAGUUUAUUUGACUGUAGAUUUGUGCCAACAAAGAGGAAUAGGAGAAUGCAUGACAUUGAGAAGGAAGUGAAGUCAUCUGUUCAUACCAUUAUAGAGAAAAGGUUGAAGGCUAUGCAGGCAGGGGAGAGAAGCAAUGAUGAUCUACUAGGCAUAUUACUUCAAUCUAACAUGCACGAAAUCGAGAAGCAUGGGAACAAGGGGGUUGGGAUGAGCAUUGAAGAAGUCAUUGAGGAGUGCAAGUUGUUCUAUUUUGCAGGGCAAGAGACUACCUCUGUGUUACUCGUUUGGACUAUGGUUUUACUCAGCAAAUUUCAAGAUUGGCAAGCUCAAGCUAGAGAAGAGGUGCUGCAAGUUUUUGGUCGGGAUAAGAAGCCACAUUUUGAAGGAUUAAAUGACCUCAAAGUUGUAAGUAGUUAUUUCCAAUACAAUAUAUUCUAAAUGUUAUUGCAAUGUUGAUGGUAGCUAAUACUCUUUGUUUCAGGUGACGAUGAUUUUAUACGAGUCUUUGAGACUAUACCCGCCAGUAGCUAACAUUAAUAGAAUGACGACCGAGGAGGUUAAACUCGGAGAUAUGACUUUGCCUCCAGGGGUGAUGGUGUCAUUACCCAUACUUUUGCUACAUCUUGAUACUGAUAUAUGGGGUGUAGAAGCUAAGGAGUUCAAUCCAGAUAGGUUCAUUGAUGGUAUAAUGAAGGCGACAAAGGGAAAACACGCCUUCUUUCCAUUUGGUGGAGGGCCUCGUAUAUGCAUUGGCCAAAACUUCGCUUUGGUAGAAGCUAAAAUGACAAUGGCAAUGAUUCUACAACGCUUUUCCUUUGAACUCUCUCCUUCUUAUGCUCAUGCUCCAUAUUCACAGGCGACUACUCAGCCAAAGCAUGGUGCUCCCCUUGUUAUGCAUAAGCUCUAUUGAUGGAGGCCUGAGUCUUGUUAUUGGGAUUGAUGGUCAUAACUUUUAUUUACAUGCUGUGUUAGCCCGUUUAAGUUUGUUGUAUGAGAGAUUCAUCUUUGACUCUUAUCUCUUUGAUGUUCAUCCCUCAUUAUCUCCAUGAAUAACAAAUUACUUCUUCCCUGCCCAAA